AUGGCCUGCAACAGCAUCUGCCGUCCCUGCGGACCCACCCCGCUGGCCAACAGCUGCAACGAGCCCUGUGCCCUGCAAUGCCAGGAUUCCCGCGUCAUCAUCGACCCUUCCCCUGUGCUGGUCACCCUGCCAGGACCCAUCAUGACCUCCUUCCCCCAGAACACCGCCGUUGGAUCCACCUCCUCCGCUGCUCUGGGCACUGAGCUCAAUGUGCAGGGACAGCCCAUCUCUGGGGGCUUUGGCUUUGGCUAUGGUUUUGGCUAUGGGCGUGGAUUUGGCUAUGGGCUGGGUGGCCUGGGCUGCUAUGGCAGGAGGGGCAGCUACAUCUGCUAA